AUGGCGGAGGAAGACGUUGCAGCGCCGCCGCCUUCGAGCCCUCCCCUCCACACGGAUCACAAGCGGAAGCACGAUGAAUUGGAACUACCCACUGAAGCUCCGGUCGCGGAAGAAGAGAAGCCCAUGGUGACCUAUGAUGUUGUGGAAGAUAAGGAAGAAAUCGAAGGCGGGGGCGACGAUUCGUCUGCAAUCGAUGGGGAAUCGCAGGAGGCCAAGCGGGCUAGGGUUGAGGACGAACCGGUUGAGGAGCCUGUUGGUGAAAAUGGCUUUGAGUUAGGCAAGCCAGAUGAAGGUGCUAAGGGGGAAGCUGUUGGAGAGGAAAAUGGUAAGAGUGAAGUGCCGGAAGAGAGUGGUGCUCAGCAGGCUCCUGAGAGUAGUCAGGAAGCAGGAGAGCAGAGUGAGGAUAAAGUAGUUAAUGAAGAAGCUGCUGCAGCUGGAGUUGAUGAGGAGAAUGAUGGAAAGAAACCAGAUUCUGCUGGCGAUGUUGAGCCAGUUAAAGCUGAGGAGCAGCAGUCAAAAGGGGAAGAUGAGCAACCAAUAAAAGAAGCAGAAGAAGAAGCUCUAUCCGAUGGUCAGACUACCUCUCGUAGGAUGGAAGUUCCUAAUGAUAAGGUUGGGGUUCUUAUUGGCAAAGGUGGGGACACUAUCCGUUUCCUUCAGUAUAAUUCUGGGGCAAAGAUACAGAUAACAAGGGAUGCAGAUGCUGAUCCACGUUGCGUGACAAGACCAGUGGAAAUAAUAGGGACUCUAGAUAGUAUAAGCAAGGCUGAGAAACUAAUCCAGGCUGUUAUAGCUGAGGCUGAUGCAGGGGGUUCCCCUGCCCUUGUUGCUAGGGGCCAUCCUAGUGUUCAGAGUGCUGCAGUUGCAGAGCAACUGGAGAUGCAAGUUCCAAACGAGAAGGUUGGUUUAAUCAUAGGAAAAGGUGGGGACACUAUCAAGGCUCUCCAAGCAAAAACAGGAGCACGUAUUCAGUUAAUUCCUCAACAUCUCCCUGAAGGAGAUGGAUCAAAAGAAAGGACUGUGCGUGUGACUGGUGAUAGCAAGCAAAUUGAUAUGGCAUGUGAGUUGAUAAAGGAAGUCAUGAGUCAGAUUUCGCUAUGGCCUUUCCAAUGGGGUCAGCAUUGCUUUCUUGGUGUAGCAAUAGACAACCACUAUUCAUUGUCAUCCACAGAAGAGAGGUAUCAGGCUUUAUAUCUCGCACUUGCAGGAGGUUGGUGCGGAAUUCUUGUGCCCACUGUGAACUACAAGCAUAAGUGGCUGUAUUCAGCUGUUCGGCAAAACGUGAAGCAAUCAUCUCUUUCUGGGGGUUUCAACCAGCAGCAAUCAUAUCGCUCUCGUGGGCCCAGUGGCCCAAACCACUGGGGUCCACCUCGUGGCCCUCAUCCAUCCCAACCAAUGCCUCCUUAUGAUUACCACAACCAAGGAACUCCAUAUCCACCGCGGCAUGGCAUGCACUACCCACCUCCAAAUUAUGGUAAUUACCCCCCGCAGCAGCACAUGGGCCAAAGAGCUAACUACGGUACUGGUUGGGAGCAACGACCUCCUCCGAAUAUGCCUCCUGGCGGUCGUGGUGGUGGUUAUGAUUACUAUGGUGGUCAAGGAGGCCACAUGGCCGACCACCAUGCUGCUCCGCCAGUCUCUGGCCACCCGCCUGCUCCUGCUCCUGCAACCAAUUAUGGUUAUAGACAUGAUUAUGGCCAUCAACCUCCUUAUCCCCAGCCGCCGCCACCUCACCAAGGCUAUGGCCAUGGAUAUGACGAACCAAAGUAUGGACAUGCCAACUCACAACCGGGUUAUCCAGGAUAUCCAGCUCAUCAUCAACAAUACAGCAAGCAGCAACCACAGGCGUACCCCAUGCAAGCACAGGGCCAGCCUCAGCCGUAUAGUCAACCGAGUCAAGCAUACGGUCAAGGUGCUGCAACAGCUCAGCAGCAGUAUCCUUAUCAAUCUGGGUAUCCUCCAUAUGGUUCUGCAACUGAUGGGUAUUCUCAGGCUCCAGCUCAGCCGAGUGCACAGCCUGUACCUGCUUAUGGCCAGGCUGCCCCUGCAGCUUAUGGAUCGUAUCAAUCUUCACAAGGCUAUCCUGAUCAGGCUGCCACCACUCAGAACACUGCUGCUGCUACUGGUUACGGGUAUCAAGCACAAGAUCCUGCACAGCAGGUCUAUGCUCAGCCGGUGCCAGCAACUGCUCCCGCACCAGCUCAACCGAGCUAUGAUCAGUCAGUAGCACAACCGGGGAGCUAUGCUGCAGCACCUGUUACUGCUUCUGUUCCUGGGGGUGCAGCUCCGGUGGGUUAUGGGAAAACGGUAUCACCUCAGCCAGCUGGAUAUGGUCAGUAUGAUUCGAGCCAGAUGUAUGCUGCUCCUCAUUGA